AUGCUGAGCCGGCUGGCCUCCUCUGCCGGCCUGCUGGGCCGCCUGGCGGCCCAACUCUCCACCAGCGGAGCCGCCAGCGCCUCCACCGCCGCGUCGGCGCUGCAGCACGCGGCCGCGGCGUCGAGCGGCGCUGCUGCGCAGCGAUGGGGCCGCGCCGGCUUUGCCACCAACAGCCACGACAUUUUCAACGUCCACCAGGACUCCCCCACAAACAAUGCCAGCCUGCCGUUUGACUUCACGCCGGCAAACUAUAAGCUGGUCGAGAAGAUCAUAUCGCGGUACCCCCCAAACUACAAGGCCUCGGCGGUGAUCCCGCUCCUGGACCUGGCGCAGCAGCAGAACGAGGGCUGGCUCUCGCUGAGCGCCCUCAACAGGGUGGCUAAGGUUCUGGACAUGCCCGAGAUCCGCGUGUACGAGGUGGCCACCUUCUACACUAUGUUCAACCGUUCCAAGAUCGGCAAGUACCACGUGAUGGGCUCCCAGGGCAUCGAGGCCGCUCUAGUGAAGCACCUGGGCAUCCACGUGGGCGAGACCACCGCGGACGGCAUGUUCACGCUGGGGGAGAUGGAGUGCAUGGGGGCGUGCGUCAACGCCCCCAUGGUGGCAAUCGCGGAUUACACCAAGGGCGUGGAGGGCUUCACCUACAAUUACUACGAGGACCUGACACCCGCUGACGUCAUCAAGAUCGUCGACGCGCUGCGGAAGGGCGAGAAGCCGCGCGUAGGCUCCCAGCACCGCAGCAAGGCGGAGCCCGCGGGGGCGGUGGCGGGCGACAAGUGGGUGCCCAGCAGCGGCACCCAGACGCUGACCGGAACGCCGCGGGGCCCCUACUGCAGAGACUUGACAGACCCCACGCCGCCCCCCCCGCCCCCGCCGCCCGCUGGCGGCGCGCCGGCUGGCGCGCCGCCGCCGCCCAAGUGA